UUUUAUAUUUUUGCCAGUUUUACGACAAAUACUUACAUCAAAUUGUGUUUACCAAAUUUGACGUUUCGAACGAAGUUACUCAUAGUCAUACUCUUUCCAGUAGCAUCUAGAAGUCAAAACAGCUACACGACUGGCAGCGUGAUCAACCAAGCCAAGCUGAUAGUUCCAUACACACCGAACAAGGCGUGAUAAAAGAUGUCUGUAGUAAAGGAGGGCUAUGUAAAAAGACAUAGCAAAAGCAUGUUUUCGGGUGGAUGGAGAGAUGUCUACCUUAAGCUUUACUCUGACAGUAACCUAUUGGCAUACAAAAAACAAGGGGACUUCACACCUAAAGUUCAAAUUUGUAUGAAGAAUGUUUGUAAGCAUUUUGCACUGGGAGAACAUGUAUUGCGCAACUUCAAUGACACGCCUGAUCUUCCUGCUGGUAAGCCUGUUGGCUGUCUGCUGGCCAUUCCUGAGAAGCAGAGCCACAAAGCAAAGCCUCACUACUUCCUUAUGAACAAUGAACAGCACAUGCAUGAAUGGAUGACAGCAAUAUGUUCAACUCUACCAGUCAAACAACCGAAUUCUGAGGCCCCAGUCCAACAGCAUAACUGCCACCCUGUUGAUGCCCCUCCCCCCUACAGUACUGCCCCCGGCCCCGCCCACUAUGGGGGUGGUGGUGGCAUGCCCAUGCCUCAACCAAUCGGAUUUGCAGGAGUUGCCCAGCCAUAUCCCACACAACCCCAGGCCUAUCCCACCCAGGCAGGCUACCCCCAGCAGCAUGGUGGUUAUCCCCAACAACAAGGAUAUCCCCAGCAAAUGGGAUACCCUCAGCAAAUGGGAUAUCCCCAACAACCGGGAUACCCCCAACAGGCCUACCCACAACAGCCAGUGGGAUAUCCACAACAACAAUACUAUGGCCAACAGCCAUAUGGUUACCUGCCCCCACCCCAGGGCUAUGCAGGUGGAUAUGCUCCACAACCGACCGUUGUCUACACCGGUGGACACCACAAGAAAGGAGGACUGGGAGGCAUCCUGGGUAGCAAUACAGGGAAAAUGGCAGCAGGGUUGAUAGGCGGUGCCGCGCUGGGGUAUGGUGCCAGCAGGAUGAUGGGCGGUCACGGGAUGGGGUUCGGGAUGCCAUUUGGUGGGUUCGGAAUGGGCAGGUGUGGCAGCUGGAGCUCCCUCAGUAGCUUUGGAAGCUUCGGGAGCUACGGUAGUUGUGGCAGCUUUGGAAGCUUUGGAUAAAGUAUUUGUGGUUGUGAUUAGUAAUCCAAGUAAACCAUGAUAAUGUUUGAAAAAGUGAUAUUAACUUAAGGGUAAAUUACACAAAAACUUUUCUAUGGUAAAGUUAGGAAUGGCAACAGCAAAAUAAGAAUUCAAAUAUUUGGUUUUUAAAUUAUUUGAAAAAUUAAAUUUCUGGUAUUCAAUAUAUUUGAACACAUUCUGCAUGAUUAUAUAGCUUUGUAAUCAACAAAGCUGCUAAAAACAUGUUAUGAAAACGUGAAAAAUUUACAUUCAAACAGACCCACUACAACAUUGAAUUUCAUCCAUAGGUCUCUUGAGUUCUUCUGUUUUAUCUUACAUUAAGGACUAAAAAAAUGGAAGCCUUUUGAACAAAAAAAUAAAUUUGCUAUCCAAAUAUUUAUUCAUUUGAUUAUUCAUUUGAUUAUUCUUUGACAUCCCUAGUAAAAAAAAGCUUUAUGUUUAAUUAUAAAACAUUAUAAAUUAAUAACAAGAUGUUUAUUCUACAAUGUAAAUAUUAAACAGUUUACAAAACAAAUUAUUAGUGAAUAAACAACAGACUUUCAGAAAUUUAUGAAGGUUUAAGCUAAGGACCCUUUAGGGUAUUUCUGCAUUACUCAUUGUUUUUAUUUAUGUAUGAUGCAGCAGUGAUUGAUUUUUGUAUCAAGAAUGCUCAGUGUGUUGUUAUUGUUUUUUUACAGAUUUUAAAAUAUUUGGUAGAUAUUUAUUUGAUACUACAUUAUUCUGUUGUAUUUUAAUCAUACCCCCACAAACGAAGUUUAGAGGGGUAUAUAGGAGUGAACUUGUCUGUCGGUCUGUAUUAAAGUCUGCUCUCUAAUUCAAGUAGUUUUCAUCCGAUCUUCACCAAACUUGGUCAGAAGUUGUAUCUACAUGAUGUCUAGGCCAAGUUUGAGCAUGGGCCUUACCUGGUCAAAAACUAGGUCACGGGGUCACUUAGUGCGUUUUAAACAUUCAGCAUGUUGUCCGCUCUCUAAUUCAAGUAGUUUUCAUCCGAUCUUCACCAAACUUGGUCAGAAGUUGUAUCUAGAUGAUCUUAAGGCGUGUUCGAACAUGGGCCUUGCCGGGUCAAAAACUAGGUCACUUAAUGCGUUUUUUUACAUUCAGCAUGGUGACCUCUCUCUUAUUCAAGUAGUUUUCAUCCGAUCUUCACCAAACUUGGUCAGAAGUUUUAUCUAGAUAAUCUGAAGGCCAAGUUCGAACAUGGGCCAUGCCAGAUCUAAAAACUUGGUCACAGGGUCACUUAGUACGUUUUACACAUUGAGCAUGGUGUCCACUCUCUAUUUCAAGUAGUUUAAAUCCGAUCUUCACCACACUUGGUCAGAAGUUGUUACUAGAUGAUGUGUAGGUCAAGUUCGAACAUGGGCCAUGCCGGGUCAAAAACUAGGUCACAGGGUCACUUAGUGUGUUUUAAACAUCAUUAUGUUGUCUGCUCUCAAAUUCAAGUAGUUUUUAUCAAAUCUUCUCCAAAAUUGGUCAGAAGUUGUAUCUUGAUAAUGUCUAGGGCAAGUUUGAAUAUGGGUCAUGCCGGGCAAAAAACACUUAGUGCGUUUUAAACAUCACAAUGUUGUCCACUCUCUAAUUCAAGAAGUUUUCAUCCAAUCUUGGUCAGAAGUUGUAUCUAGAUGAUGUCUAGUUCAAGUUUGAAUAUGGGUCAUGCCGGAUAAAAAACGGGGUAUCUUAGUGCGUUUUAAACCUCACCAUGCUGUCCGCUCUCUAAUUCAAGUAGUUUUCAUCCAAUCCUCACCAAACUUGGUCACAAGUUUCAUCUAAAUGAUCUCUAGGACAUGUUUGAACAUGGGCCAUUCCGAGCCUAAAACUAGGUCACGGGGUCACUUAGUGCGUUUUUAACAUUCAGCAUGGUGUCCGCUCUCUAAUUCAAGUAGUUUACAUCCGAUCUUCACCAAACUCCAAGUUUUAUGGAGAUGAUCUUAAGGCCAAGUUAGAACAUGGGCCUUUCUGGGUCAAGGGGUCACUUAGUGCGUUUUAAAAAUUGAGCAUGGUGUCCGCUGUUUUUUGUGAAGACGACAUGCAAAAUUUUAUGUGUCAAUGCGGCAUGUGGGGGUAUUCGUCACGUCUGUGACAAAGCUCUAGUUUUAAUUUAUUAUUUAAUUCAAUACAAGCUAAACGAUGGUCACAAUUUUGUUAAAGUAUAUUGAUAUGUUAAAGUAUAUUGAUAUAUGGUAAUGUAAGGGGAAAGUCUCACACAAAUUAUUUUUUUGUUUAACCUCACUGUGCUUUUUAAUGACAGAAACUUCUGAUUUUAACAAACUUUUUCAAUCAACCGGCAAAGUUGUUUACUGAUUUGACAUUAUUUUAUGUUGGCAAUGUCAUAGCACAAAAAUAAAAUAUUUGGUUAGUCAAAGGCUUUGUAGCAUAUGAAAAAGCCCACAAUAUUAUGUUUUGUAAAGAGUAUGUGUUAUGGCUGUUUAACCAAAGGCAAAGUAUAUCAUGUGAUAAAUAUAUAUAAGUAAAAGAGGAAAUAAAAUAUCUCAAAAUGACUUUGAUUUGUUUGAACUUUUGUAGCAGCUAUUGAAUAAUUUGUCUUUCUUUUACUGCAGGUUAAAUGUAUGGGAAGUCUGGUGAUUUUGUACUUAAUUGUACCAAAGAGAACUGUUGUUUUUUUUAGUAAAACUAAAAACAAAUGUUGAUGUUUUUGUAUUGUAUGUGUUGUUUUUUUUGUUGUUAAAGUUUAUCAUGUAAGUUAUUAUAUAUGAAUCUCUGUUCAUAUUCACAAUUGUACUCGACAAAAGUUAGAAUGCAUAAAAUUGAAUUCUAUUUUCUGCAGUUAUAAGAAUUAAUUUUUUUUCAAGUCAUAAGUGCCAUUAUGUUUUCCAUGUCACAAGUGUAGUCUAUAGUGUGUUAAGGAUACACAUCGUUGGUUGUGUGGUUAUGUUCUUGGCGAAUGAUGGUUCAUUCGCAAAUCACAAAACAAUGUCAUGUCUAGUUUUACUUAGCUUUGUAUCAUCUGGAUUAUAUCCAAAGGCCCAUAACAAAAUGGCAGACCAGUGAUUAUCCAUGAAUUUAUUUAUAGUUUGGUUUAAAAUACAUAUGCAGCAAGUUGAAAUCUGCUGACUUUGCCUUUGAAAUGUUGUUGAUUGUUUUUGUCUAGAUUUGCUUUUACUAAUGCUAUCACUGCACUCAUUUAGCACAUAUUUAUGUCAUCUGUAUUGCUAAAUGCAAUAGAAGCGAGUUUGUAGUGUUUGUUUAAUAUGUACAGCAAUUUAUACUUUUUUUUCUGAAGCCCAAGUUGUUUAUUCCAACAUAAUGAAGUUGAUAUGAUGUCCAUCAUGAAUAUGGAAAGUUCAGGGUUUGAUCUUUACUCGGAUGUUGGUUGCCAAACAAAAUAAGUACAGUUGUUUUUUCACAGGUUAUGGACUAGAGGGCUUAUUUAAAAGCCUCAAUUUUGAUGCUAUCAAACUUAGCAAAAAAUUGUCUUAACUAAAAAUUCACAUUUUAACUUGCUCAACACUAAAAGUGCAUUUUAAUUCUAGUUUUAACAAUUUCUUUUAAAAUCUUACGUUGAAAAAUUCUGUAUAACAUACUUAUUUGGUUCUGUAUAUGAAAUAUGAUAAUUAGUGGUAUGUUCAUUUGUACAUUAUUAAUAUUUCUAAUUCAGCAAGUGCAAAUCUGAAGAAAAAAUGAGUAUUUUGUUAAGUUUGAACAUUUGCUGUUUGAUGCUUUUGUGAGGGGAACGGUCACUACUGAAAGCUUCUGUAUAUGAAUCAUUAAUGCAUCAUAAUUGGUCAGUAUUCCUUGGCCAAUUAUGCAUUCUUUAAAAGAAUUUGUAGUUCUCACUCCUAAGGCUAAAUUGCAGUGUUUUGGUUGGCUUCUGAUUGUUUGUAUUUGCUUCAUAAUUACUUUACUUGUGAAAAUCCAAUAAUUAUUGUUUUGUAAUUGUUGUUGUUUGAGCAAAUUACAUGUUUUUAUUAUGCCCCCAAAGGAGGGCAUACAGUGAUUGCACUGUCCGUCUGUCCGUCACACUUUUGCGUUUAGGUUUCGAAAAUUGCUCAUAACUUCUAUGUCCCUACUUUCAUAUUUGGUAUGCAUGUGAAUAUGAACAAGGCCUUUCCAUAUGCACACAAAUUUUGACCCCUUUGACCUUCACCUUGAACUUAGGGUCCGCGUUUAGGUUUUGAAAUCUGCGUUUAGGUUUCGAAAAUGCUCAUAACUUCUAUGUCGCUUCAGAUGACACCUUCAUAUUUAAUAUGCGUGUGUAUAUAGACAAGGCCUUUCCAUAUGCACACACAUUUUGACCCCUUUGACCUUGACCUUGAACUUAGGGUCAGCUAUGAGUAGUGUUUUUUCCAGGCCGUUUAAGCAUGGCGAAUCGCCAUGCCCCUUUUUUGUAGCGCCACGCUGCCCCUUUCAAAGCUAUUUAGCGCCACGCUGCCCUUUCCAAAGGCCGCCGCCCUGCCCUUUUAUGAGCACCCGCUGUUUUCUGCCCUUAUUGAUAACAUCUUAAUUGCCCCUUGACCAAAUUUCUAAGCCGACUAGUAUCAGAUUAUGGCCCCCGAGGCAGCGCGUUUGUGAAUUAGUCAUGCGUGAAUAACCCCAUGUCAGUAUCAAUGGAUAUGUUAUACCACUAAUCGGUCGGUAAUGUGUACUCAUCCACGAUAAAAUCGUGGACUGUUACUUCAGAGAAUUUUGAUGAAAAGCUCGAUGUUAUCCUCGUGGCAAUUGUGCAUUUCAAACAUAAUUCAGUUAUAUCAAAACAUAUAUUUUUACCCAUAAUUACAUUUAAAAAUACAAACAAAUUAAUUAUUUAUCGAUAUUGUCUUUAAGAUAAUUAGUUAUUGAAUUAAUUACUGAGACGUAUACUAAUUAAACAAAAAGUGAAUCGCGUAUAAGGCGGACGUAUUAGACGACUUUACGUUGCUAUGCGCACCUGUCGUUUACAGCAUUUUACAUUAUGACAACAUGGCGGACAUACAGAAUUAAAUUGUGACUCGGCAAACAUGGCAAAUAACGUCGUAAACGAUUGAAUUAACGAUGGAGAUUAUACAUUCAGAAGGAAUUAAUGAAAUGUCUGUAAUAAUCAACGAUGCAUAAACAUGUUGAAGAUAGCAACAACAUACUUAUUUGUAAUCUACUCAGUGGGUGUAUCACGAUAUUUCACGGAAACGAGUGCUUGCAUAUUGUUAGCGAUCAGUUUACUCGCAAUAUUAAACAUCUGACAAGAUUAUCGUUAGAAAUGGGAUAAGACAAACAUGGUUUCAUUUUUAACCAGGUUUUCAGAAGGAAAAAACUGGUUAUUAGAUUGGCGAGUGCGGGCGGGCUGGCUGGCUGGCUGGCUGGCUGGCUGGCUGGCGGGCUGGCGGAACAAGCUUGUCCGGGCCAUAACUAUGUCGUUCAUUGUCAGAUUUUAAAAUCAUUUGGCACAUUUGUUCACCAUCAUUGGACGGUGUGUCGCGCGAAAUAAUUACGUCGAUAUCUCCAAGGUCAAGGUCACACUUUGAAUUCAAAGGUCAAAAAUGGCCAUAAAUGAGCUUGUCCUGGCCAUAACUAUGUCAUUCAUUGUGAGAUUUUAAAAUCAUUUGGCACAUUUGUUCACCAUCAUGGGAUGGUGUGUCGCACGAAAGAAUCACGUCAAUAUCUCCAAUGUCAAGGUCGCCACGACUAAAAAUAGAUUUUUUUUAAAAACAAACUUACAAAGGGGGUUAAUUUUGUUUGUUCAAUUCAAAAGUUCAGUUUGAGUUUUGUCCCUUUAUCAGAUUUUUUUUCCACAAUGAAAACCUGGUUUUGUGACAAUUUUGUCCCUUGUUAUGUUAGUGGAUCUGUGUAUAAUCAGAUUCAUAUGCAUAUAUUGCUUUAUUAUGUUUGUUGUGCUGUACAGUGUAUUGAAACAGCAUGGAACUUAAAUGUACAUUACAAGGUAAAUAUAUUAAUAUAAAUCAAAGUAAGUUAAAUACACCAAUUACUAUAUACCAUAUAAAUUAUAUGGUAUAUAGUAAUUGGUGUAUAUAUAAUGUGCUUGUUUAUAUUUUAUGUUUUUCUGCAACUGCCUCUGAUGCGAUUUCUCCCUCAUUUAGGUAUUCACGGAACGUUUUUGCCCUUUUUUGCCUAAACUGCGUGCUAAAAUGCCCUUUUUGAAAGUAAUGGGCCAAGCCCCUUUGCCCUCCUGGGAAAAACACUACUAUAAGGUUUCAAAAUCUGCAUAUAGGUUUCGAAAAAUGCUCAUAACUUCUAUCAAAGCGUUUUUCGGGGGCAUAUAUCAUCCUAUGGAGACAGCUCUUGUUUUCAAAUACAGAUAUAUGAUAACAUUUUAAUGGAAAGUGGUUUAAAAAUAAAUCUAAUCUUUUGUUCAUCACACUUCAUCGUUGUAAAUUUAUAUUGCUUCAUAUUUAUUGUCAAUGUAUUGCAUAUUGCAAAUUUAGUUAACAUUUAAUAAACAGCAAAAAACUGU